UCGAGUCUUGAUUUGAGUAUGGCACGGCCAAUGUUCGCAUCAAUCGACAAGCGCGCAUCACUACCGUCCAAAUAGCCACGUGAUUCACUUCAGCAGAUAAUCAACGGUCAAGAUCAGAGAGUGCAAACUUUGAUGAUGUCUCUCUAAGCCACUCACAUUCUCUCAGUCCUGUCACCGUUGACAGAAAUCGGACAUAUUUACAAAAAAGAAAAGCGACAAAGCAAAAGAAAACGAGAACCUCCAUUAUUUCUUCUCGUACUCGUUUCCUUUUUGGCUACGGUGAGCUUCGCUUAAACAGAGGUGUUAGCCUGCGUUGUUUUCUUGCUUGCAUUACCGGGAGGCACAGGGAGAAUGGAGGAGAGGCCAGAGACGGAGCUGAUAUCCAUUCCGGCGACGCCGCGUGUGUCAACGCCGGAAAUAUUGACACCGUCAGGGCAGAGGUCGCCGAGGCUGACGUCGAAGGAGGCGAAGUCGUCGACGGCAUGGACGCCGACCUCGUUUAUAUCUCCGAGGUUUUUGAGCCCAAUAGGGACGCCAAUGAAGAGGGUAUUGAUAAACAUGAAGGGAUACUUGGAGGAGAUGGGUCACUUGACGAAGCUUAAUCCUCAGGAUGCAUGGCUUCCCAUCACGGAGUCACGCAAUGGGAAUGCACAUUACGCGGCGUUUCAUAAUCUUAAUGCUGGGGUCGGUUUUCAAGCUCUGGUUUUGCCCGUUGCUUUUUCUUUCCUCGGCUGGAGUUGGGGCAUUCUGUCGCUAACAAUAGCCUAUUGCUGGCAACUUUACACACUGUGGAUUCUAGUUCAGCUACAUGAAGCAGUUCCAGGAAAGAGGUACAACAGAUAUGUGGAGCUUGCGCAAGCAGCAUUCGGGGAAAGAUUAGGAGUCUGGCUUGCUCUCUUCCCGACUGUUUAUUUAUCAGCAGGAACUGCAACAGCACUAAUUCUCAUUGGAGGCGAGACCAUGAAGCUGUUUUUCCAAAUAGUUUGCGGACCUCUCUGUUCAUCAAAUCCUCUAACAACGGUUGAGUGGUAUCUGGUGUUCACUUCACUAUGUAUUGUUCUAUCUCAGCUGCCAAACCUCAACUCAAUUGCAGGACUUUCACUCAUUGGCGCUGUGACAGCUAUAACUUACUCCACUAUGGUCUGGGUGCUUUCUGUUAGCCAACAGAGGCCACCCACAAUCUCUUAUGAACCUCUCGCGUUGCCAACAGCUUCUGCGUCUGUUUUCUCAGUCAUGAAUGCACUUGGAAUUGUUGCUUUCGCCUUCAGGGGCCAUAAUUUAGUUUUGGAAAUUCAGGCAACAAUGCCAUCAACCUUUAAGCACCCAGCUCAUGUGCCUAUGUGGAAAGGAGCCAAAGUUGCUUACUUCUUCAUUGCAAUGUGCCUGUUUCCAAUUGCUAUCGGAGGCUUUUGGGCUUAUGGAAACCUUAUGCCGUCUGGAGGUAUUCUGAACGCCUUGUACGCAUUUCACAGCCAUGACAUUCCAAGAGGACUUCUUGCACUCACAUUUCUUUUAGUUGUAUUCAAUUGCUUAAGCAGUUUCCAAAUAUAUUCAAUGCCAGCAUUCGACAGUUUCGAGGCGGGAUACACAAGCCGUACAAACCGGCCUUGCUCAAUUUGGGUGAGGUCUGGUUUUCGGGUGUUCUACGGAUUCGUGUCCUUCUUCAUUGGGGUAGCACUCCCUUUUCUUUCCAGUCUUGCGGGUCUUUUGGGAGGACUGACUCUUCCUGUGACUUUUGCUUACCCCUGCUUCAUGUGGGUUCUGAUUAAAAAGCCUACCAAGUACAGCUUCAACUGGUACUUCAAUUGGAUCCUGGGUUGGUUGGGGGUUGCUUUUAGUUUGGCCUUCUCCAUUGGUGGUAUCUGGAGUAUGGUGAACAGCGGACUCAAGCUGAAAUUCUUCAAACCCAGCUAAUCAACGUUGUAGCCUGAAUGAGGUCAGACAUAUUUGAGUUUGAUUUGUAAUGUUGGAUUUGUUUGUUCAGUUUAUGAGUGCAGUACAGAUUAAGAUGCUUACUUUCUAAAA